AUGUCCAGCCCAAACGCCCUCCUCCUCCUCGCAGACCACCUCAAGCUUUCGCUCCUCGAACGACAGCGGGCCAAGACACUGGGCUUAGCGAGCGACUCACAGGACGGCCACAUCUCGCGAUCGCUCGACCAGUUCCGCGACGGGCUACAAGGACUAGAAGAUGAACUGGCACGGCUGCGGGCGCCGGGGGGCGAUGAAGUCAAGGCGGCCCGUCUCGACGACACGCUCAGCUCUCUGAAGAGGCAAUUCGCCGACCUGACGGCGCAGUUCCACGGCUUCGCUUCCCCUGCAGCCGGCUCCGCCGGCGGCGGCGACGACGCCGACAGCAUAUCCGACACGCUCACAUCCCCCAACGACCCGCUGCUCGCUGGCGACUUUGCGCACGCGCAGUCGACGCGCGGCCACAAGAAGACAGCCAGCGGGGCCACCAAAACCGUGCGCUUCUCCGACGCCGCGCCGCGCGACCUGGAAUCCCAGCUGCCGCCAUUACCGUCGGACGGCGGCCGCGACGCGCUGUUCCGGUACCGGGACGACCCGGCGGCGGGGGCGGACACGGCGGGCUACCGGGACCGCAUCGAGGCGGGCGAGGACGGCAGCGCCAUGUCCAACGUGCAGGUUCACGCAUACCACCAGCAGAUUCUGGCGGAGCAGGACGCGCAGCUGGACGCGCUGGGCGCGAGCAUCGGGCGGCAGCGCGAGCUGAGCAUGCAGAUUGGCGACGAGCUCGACAACCACGUCAUGAUGCUCGACGAGAGCGAGCGCGUCGUCGACCGCCACCAGAGCACGCUGGACCGGGCCCGUCGCCAGGUCGGCCGCAUCGCCCGCGGUGCCUCCGAGUCGCGCCAGAUGGUUGCCAUCGUCGUGCUCAUCAUCAUCCUAGUGCUGCUAAUUGCUGUUUUGAAGUGA